AUGUUAAUGUCCCACCUCCUAAUUUUGUUAUGUGUUUCUGUAAUAUAUCCUUUAUUCAUUUUAAAAGAAAAUAUUUUUGAAAAAAAUUGCUGCAUCAAAAAUGAACGUAUAAAAAAAAGGAUUACCUGUGGUCACAAAUGGAACAACCGUUUGCUGCUAGAAGACAAUGACGAACUCUUUGAUAUUAGUAAACUAAAAAAGCUGUUGUAUUUUCAGUCUAAUAUAGAUAAAGAGAUGAAAAAAAAAUGGCGAGAAGAAAAAAAAUUAAGAAAAAUAUAUAAAGCUGCUAAUUCAGGUAAUUUCAUUGGCAACAUUAUGAAUAACCAAAAAGACAAUGAACAAAAUGUUACCACUAUAGAAGGAAAAGAAAAAAAACAUAAUGAAAAAGAAAAAAAUGACAUGAGCAAUGCAGGUGAAAUCAAUAAGGAUAUUAUUGUUCCAGAAAAAUCAGACAAACUUACAAAUGUGAAUACACAGACCUAUGAUGGAAGAGGAAUGACGAAUGAUCAGGUUAAUAAAAACAAAGCAACACAAAAACAAACUGACCUUCAAGCGAAAGAAAAUGUUCGAGUAGACAAAUUCGUAAAGAAACAUGAUCAUAUAAAUAAUGCUUCAAAUCCUAAAGAAGAGGAAGAAGAAGAUGAAGAAAAAGAUGAAGAAAAAGAAGAGGAAAGGAUUAAGCGCAUUGAUAAUGCCAAAUUGAAUAAUGUACUGCAAAGUGUAAAGUUUUUGGAAAAGGUGAAAUCGUUGAAACAUUACUUCUCUUCUAAUGGAUCAGAGCAUGCACGGCCAGAUGAACAUGAUGAAAGUCCGAAAACAGGGAAGGAGGAAAUAAAAAAUGAAAAAGACCAAGUAGGACAUCACAGAGAAGACACAAACAAUGGAACAGACAAUAACGUAGAAAAAAAUCAAGAAAUGAAAUCGUCAUUGACAAAAAAUAAAGAAGAAAAAGGAAGUAAUUAUAUACAGGAAUCAUUUUCUUUUUUCCCUGAAAAAAGUAAUUCAGAAAAAACCAAUAUUAAUUUGAGGAGAAAUAAAAUUAAAGAAUUUUUUGAAGUAAACGAUUUAGUAAAAUACAUGAAAAAUAUGUUAGGAAUAAAAUCAAAUAUACAUGAAAAAUUUGAGCAUGAUAAGUUAAUAGUAAAGGAUUGCAAUUAUGAAUCUUUUGGUCCAGAAUUUUGUAGUGUUGAUGAAGAAGCAAAGAAAACGUUAUGGAAUUAUGAAAAUAAAAAAAAUUGCGCCUUUUUAUUUAUAAUAUUAUUCACGUUAUUCUUUAGUUUACUUAUACAAAAUAUAGUCUAUUAUAUUGAAAAAAGAGUGAGAAAUUCAAAAGAUCAAUUUAGAAAGGACUUGCUAAACACAGCUUUUAGACAAAUAUCCCUAAUUACCAUAAUUAACCUCACAAUAUGGGGAAUUCUUCAGUCCAAUGUUGCAGAAGCGCUUGAUGAAAUAAUUUUCAGCGACAUCCUACCAAGACAAAGAAACGUUGAUGAAGUUUUGCAUAACGUGGAACCACUGUUAGAGAUCAUAUUCGAGAAAAUACUUUUCAUUUCGAUGAACUUUCUAAUAUGCUAUUCCUUAUUUAUAAUAAACAUACACUUUGUGACAAGGAGAAUAUUAAAGUGGUUUUCUGAAGCUGACAAUUGCGAUAUUUCAAAUGUAGUCAAGGAAAUGAAGGAGUCGAGGAAAGGAUGUUUUAAGAAUUUUUUUUUUUUCCUUAGACAUGCAAGGAACUCUAAGUAUUUAGCACACAGAUACGAUUUUUCUGAAAAUGUAGAUGCCAUAAGUAUUCCAGGUCUAGAUCCGAAUGGAUAUUACUACUAUGAAUAUAUGAGAGCAUGCUUAUUGAAAUACAACGUCAAACUAAUAAAAAUUCCCAAUGCAGUUAUCCUAUUUUUAGUGUUUGCAUGCAUUUCUUUAAGGCCAUUUUUUAACAUAAGACUGAAAGCGGAAGUUAUUUUUCUAAAUUUCCUCUCCUUCAUUUGUAUUAUGGGCUUGCUCCUCAUGUUCCUAUACUUGUAUAAAAUAGACAGAAAACUAUUACCAAGAGAUAUUUCAAAGUACUUACUAAACAGAUAUCACAUCGAAGCAUGCGAACAGAACAAAAGAGAUAUUACACCCUACUAUAAACUGUUAAAGCAACAGUCUGUAUACCCCUCAGCAAUAAACUAUUUUUUGUACAAAACAACUUUCCCUAACAAGCAUGAGCAACUAUUUUUUUUUUGGGGUAACGGUCCCAGCCUAAUUAAUUUUAUUUUUCAAACACUGUGUUUUUGUUUCUUGAUAAUAUUGUCAUGUUGGAUAUUUUUAUUAAGGGUAGACAAUAUUACAUGGCUCCAGUUGUACAGCUACGGAAGUUUAGCUAUUUGUGUGUGCAUAUUUCUUUUUUUGACCAUACUCAAGCAUAUCAUUUAUUACAAUAUUAUGGUUAGCAAGACGGGAUAUUUAAUUGAUACCAAAUUGCUGGAAAAGGUGUGGGAAUUUGAAAGGUCUGACAAUAUUAAGAGAAUAUCAGAAUUUAUUGAUGCUAUAAAAAUAAAGUCAACGUUGCAUGCGUUGAAAGAGGGAGGAGAAGUAUUUUGGAGGCAGUUGCUCAUAAAAUCAAGCACAGUGCCGUCAAAUAUACAGGAAAAAAUGUUUAGUAUAUGGAUAGGAUUAGAUGAAGAAAAUAGAGGAAUAAUUGACUCAGCGAAAAUUUUGAAAUUUUUGAAAUCACAAGGAAUUAACUUGACCUCGGAAAGUGAUAUUAAGGAAUUCCUGGAAGUGUUCGACAGAAACAAUAAAAAUGGUCUAAACCAAGAAGAGUUUUUCGUCCUCAUUAUUAUAGUGAAGCAAAUUUUGGUGGAACUUUUGGAUAUUAAUGCAGUACAGUCCCUAUUUGAAGAAGUAUACGGAAUUCCAUGGAAUUCACUAUCAUCCAUUGAUGUGAACAGCUUAAAAAAAAUCUUAGGAGAACUAAAUUUACAGUGGCCACAUGGAAAAAUUCGCAAUUUGAUUGACUUUGUUUGCGAAAAUAAAAAAACGAAAUAUGUUAGUGCUGAGUAUUUCAUAAAGCAGCUUAUCAAUAUCGAAGAAGUGACCUUGCAGCCUUUUCAUUCUGUUUCAGAUACAAAGUAA